GGCAAUUAAUUCAUCUGAAUUAAAAAAAGCCAAAUAGUUCCAUUUCGGGUUUAGAUACCUGAGUAACGUACAGGAUCCCUAAUCAGUCUCAAAUCUGAGGUGCGACUGGAAAAGAUAUAAGCGCAGAAUUGAAAUUGCAAAACCUUCCCACUUUCCUCCUUUUCUCACAAACACUCAAACCACUUACUCAAACCACUUACGCUCUUUCCACAUCUCGUCCCCGACCAACUCAAACUUCCAGCUACUCAACUUACUUAACUUACUUACCUAACUCAACCACAAACAAUCUUCUCUCUCUCGUUCAUUUUCUCUUCUUUACAUCUCUCGUCAUCAACCCACAUUUACGUUCCGUCAAACAUCUUUCGUCUAUCAUCAAGAUCAUUACGAUCAUCACUACUCUAUUAUUCCGCAAUCAAACAUCUUCCACAGAAUACUUCGAGUAGACUACGUAGUUCACAUCUUCAAGAUGCAGUACUCUAAGGUUCUUAUCACCAUGGCCAUGAUUGCCAUCGGCGCAGUCGCAACCGAGGCCGACACCUGCUCUUGCGGCAUCGUCUCGACCACUACGGUCACUGCCGCAACCUACUCUGUGCAAUGCAGCACCGCAAUCGUUGGUCUCUCUACCACCUCGACUAGCAUUCUCGAGACUGCUACCCCCUCAACCAUCGUGGCUUCUACUACUACUGUGCCCGGCUCCGCUUCCGGCUCGGUCACCUCGGGUGGUACCGGCAGCACCACUGCUCCCGGCUCUGAGACUCACCCCUCAGGCAGUGCCAGCGCCAGUUCUACUGGCAUCGGAAGCUCCACCGAGAGCCAACCUCAUUCUGCCAGUGUCACUGAGACUCACUCGAGCACCCAUCCCGCUAGCACUCCUUCUAACACCAACGCCACCCCUACGCCCUCUUCGGCUGCGGGUUCCGUGCCUACUGGCGUGAUGGGCAUCAACGGUGUGCUCGGCGGAGCAGUCCUUGCCGCUUUGGUCCACAUCUAAAGGAGAGAAAAAGACCUGUUGAUGGGAGGAGGGGUUAUUCUGGCAAUCACAAGGCAGAAUGGUCUUUUCACUAUUUGACUGCGUUC